CCACAUUCUUCAGUGGUUAGAGAGCGAAUGACCGGAAGGUCCUUGGUUCGGACCAUGGUUCUGCAUCUCAACUUUCCCCGUCUAGGCUUGGGCAACCUAGCAGCAGCCCAGCCCUCGUGCUUCAUUCGGGUGAAGUGGCAGCUGAGCACCGGAAGGAGGCUCAACUUUCCUACAUGUGAAAACCUGCAAAAUUCUUCUGCGAUGAUGGAACUUCCGAGUCAGAAUGAAAACGGCAGCCCAGGGCGGAAACCUCGCUUGGGCAACCCGGGCAAUAUCCCAGCCCUCGUGCUUCCUUCGGAUGACAUGACAGCUAGGCACCGGAAGGGUGUUACAGCUGAACGAUUUUUUAUAGGCCAUCUGGUGGAAGGACUUGGAUUCUUUCUAUGCUGGUGGUUCCUAUGA